AUGGAGCCACUCGAAGUUGACACAAUCUGCGAUGACGGUCGUUUCACGUCAUACGCUGGAGACUUAUCGCUGGCCUUCAACGUUCUGCUGGGAGCGCAGACUCCCUACGACGAGAACGAAGAAGCUCACGUUCGCACACUCACUGUCAAGAAUGACACCAACUUUCGUGUCUGCCCGAUCACAAUCACCGAGGGACCGAUGAAGGGAUAUUAUGCUCUCGUACUGGUUCCUACGUGUGGCUUCAGAUUCUUGGACUUACCUACCGAGAUUCGCUACAUGAUUUAUGAGCUGUCAAUAGCCCCAGGCAAGACUGAUUUGCGACUGGCCAUCCGCGAGAAUCGCGACAAGAAGGAUCCCAAGGUCGUGGGCGUAGACUAUCGCUUCCCUGCGACGAAGCGCUGGCAAGAGGGCCGCAAAUUUGAGAAGUGGAUCGGCCAGGAGGGAAAGUGGAUCAAGCCGGAUGAACGCGCGACAAUGAGCCUCCUCCUAGUCAACAAGCAAGUCUCUGGUGAGGCUUUCGAGGUUCUCUACCGAUCCCACACCUUUCACUUUGUGUAUCCUGCGGCGCUGGAUCAAUUCCUCAAGCUCAACGGCACUUCAGCAAAGUUCCUAACGAGUGUUGAACUCUCCCACGUUCUGGGGACGUCGCAACCGUUCGUUGGAAGAAUGUCAGAAGUUCGACCAAGAUGUGCGGAGGCUUGCGCUUGA